GGGCAGCAGAGACAGAAGGGGCCGAGGAAACGAAAACGUUUCCAGGUCAGCUCAAACAUGGAGAGAGGAGCAGAGAGACAAAGAGGGGAAGACAGGGAGGUGGUGGAGGAGAAAGGCUCGAAGGAGAGACCAUGGGGGGAAGCAGAGGUGCUGGCUCUCGUGUCAGUGUGGGAUGAGGUUGGAACUCAGCACGGAGCAGAGAGCAGGGGCACGUUUGAGUUGAUUUCAGAGCGGCUGAGGCGGCUCAGCGUUGUGCGCAGCUGGAGGGAGUGUCAGGCUAAGAGCAGAAGUCUGGGACUUCAGAGCAGGAGGGCUGAUGCAGCAGCAGGCACGUCAGCUAGCUAUGGCCCGGGACUGGAUGGAAGGCCGGCGGAGGCCAUCUACCUUUCCUCAGUCUCAGUGUCAAUGAAUGAAGGAAUGAAGGCUCGAAUGCAUCCCAGUCUUCCUCUCACACCAAACGUGACUGAAGAAGGAGGGCGCCACUGGACUGACGACGAGGUGCGGGCACUGCUGUGUGUCUGGGCCGACCAGAGCGUCCGGGAGCGCCUGAAGAGCACGCUGCGCAACAAGUGCAUCUUCCAGGAGAUGGCCCGCCAGAUGCAGAGGAAGUUCGGGGUGGUACGCAACUGGAAGCAGUGUCGGACCAAAUACAAGAAUCUUAAAUAUGACUACAAGACGGCAAAAAGUGCUCACGCCGCUGCAGGCAGCAGUGCAGGAGGUCCUGGGAGGUACAUGAAGUUUUUUGAAGAGGUGGAAGCCAUCUUGCUUGACCAGGUACUGGAAAACGGAACUGAGGAGAUGCAGAAGAGGUUGUACAACGGAGACACAACAGAGGGGCGGCUACAGACACCACCAGGCAACACAAGAUCGAUCACAGCAUCAGACAAUGAGAUCAUCAUCGAAAUAGAAGAUGAUGACAACAGCGAUGAUUAUGAUAUUGAUGGAGACAUAGAAGCACAAUGGAGAGGCACAGAGGCCCAUCUGACACAAGCAGAUUCACCAAGCUCAGACCAGUUCCAAGUGGUCACAGUGUCGGACACCGGCCGGAACUGGAGCGACCAAGAGGUGCAAGCUCUCAUCCAGGUUUGGUCCGACGAACGUGUAUGCAAACAGCUGGAGAGCUCGACUAGAAAGAGGGAUAUCUUCGUCCAGAUCUCCAACCGGCUCAUGCAGCAAGGCAUUGAGCGGGACUGGAAACAGUGCCACACCAAGUACAAAAACCUCAAGUACCUCUACCGGUCCCUUCAGAGGAGCAAGACGGAUGAAGCCGAGAGGAAACGCCUCAUGAGGUUUUAUGAUGAAGUGGACGCCAUAAUGACACACGCCCCAAACGGUUCGCUACGUGGCGCGGGGGCUGCCGACCCCGCACCUUCGGGCUCACUCGCUAUCCCACAGAGUUGUGAGGAAAACCGUAGGGUUGAUGUAUGUUUGGCAAAGACAAACAGAGUAGCAGUCAUGGAUGAGAAAACCUCUGAUUCUGUCCCAAUCACAGGCGUUGAUGAGCUGAGCCUGCAAGGAAUCAAGGAGCACCAGUCAGAACAACAUCAGAGCCCAAGGAGCCCCUCUGAAACUCUGCUGGGAAAAGACAGCAACUUUUCAGCAAAGAGAGAAACGAAGAGAAAAGCGGUGGAUCAAGACUCUGCGUACCAGAAACCAGCAAAACAACUGAACGCAGGCCGCGACUCUGCUGCUCAGGUGGAGGCCAAGUGCAAAGAGGAGCAGGAGCAUGUUCCCAUAAUAAAGAUCAAAUCUGUGUGCUCAAUGGCCCACUCUAAUCUACCCCCGAAAACACAGGACAGUUUGAGAUCGACCAACACGAUGGCUUCCAGCACAGAGUUGAACAUCGGCCAGAAGCUCAAUGAGGGGAAGACGAAGCAGAUUUUUGAGCUAGUGGGCCAGCCUGGACUGGUUCUGGUGCAGUCCAAAGACCAGAUCACCGCUGGGAAUGCCGUGAGGAAGGAUCAGAUGGAGGGCAAGGCUGCCAUCGCCAACAAAACGACGUGCUGCGUGUUCAAACUGCUCCAGGAAUCUGGUAUUAAAACUGCCUUUGUGAAGCAACAUUCGGAGACUGCGUUCAUUGCUGCCCACUGUGAGAUGAUUCCCAUUGAGUGGGUGUGUCGCAGAGUGGCGACUGGGUCCUUUCUGAAGAGAAAUCCGGGAGUCAAAGAGGGUCACCGCUUCACCCCGCUGAAGAUGGAGAUGUUCUUCAAAGAUGAUGCCAACAACGAUCCUCAGUGGUCCGAGGAGCAGCUGCUGGCAGCUAAGUUCACCCUAGCUGGGCUCACCAUCAGUCAGUGUGAGGUGGACAUCAUGAACCGCAGCACCGUGGCCAUCUUUGAGAUUCUGGAGAAGGCUUGGGCUACUCAGAACUGCACACUUGUGGACAUGAAGAUUGAGUUUGGCGUGAAUGUUAAGACGGGGGAGAUUGUUCUCGCCGACGUCAUCGACAACGACUCGUGGAGGCUGUGGCCGGCGGGAGAUCGGAGCCAGCAGAAAGAUAAGCAGGUGUACCGAGACCUGAAAGAAGUUACUCCAGAAGCUAUGCAGAUGGUGAAGAGAAACUUUGAAUGGGUUUCUGAAAGGGUCCAGCUCCUCCUGGAGCCCCAAGCCAGCGGGAGGGUGGUGGUUCUGAUGGGCUCCACCUCUGAUUUGGCUCACUGUGAAAAAAUCAAAAAGGCCUGUACCUCCUAUGGACUCCCCUGCAACUUGAGGGUCACCUCUGCUCACAAAGGCCCAGAUGAGACACUCCGUAUUAAAGCAGAAUAUGAAGGUGAUGGGGUCCCCACCAUAUUUGUGGCUGUAGCGGGUAGGAGUAACGGCCUGGGGCCCGUGAUGUCUGGAAACACUGUUUAUCCCGUCAUCAACUGCCCUCCUCUCACUCCAGACUGGGGAGCACAAGAUGUCUGGUCAUCCCUCCGUUUGCCGAGUGGUCUGGGCUGCUCCACAGUCCUCUCUCCUGAUGCCGCUGCUCAGUUUGCCGCGCAGGUCAUCGGCUUGAGCAACCACCUGGUGUGGUCCAAGCUGAGGGCCUCCAUGCUCAACACAUGGGUGUCUCUAAAGCUUGCAGACCAAAAACUACAGGCCUGCAGCCUCUAAGUAGCUUAGACCAACUUGUGCCCUACACCCCCAUCAUACCUUUGUUUGCCUUUUAACUGUAGAUGUUCCUCAAUCAUCCCAUUAAAGCAAAAAGAAUGAACUAAAGGCCCAUUGUCUGUUUUAAUCCAACCAACAUCAUCAAUAAAAUGUGAAAUGCAUAAUUGUAUAGAAAAUUAGGUUUUUGUUUCUUUUCCAAAUAAAAAGAUGCACUGGACAAAGUCAAUAAAGAAAUAUAGAGCUUACAGCAUA